CGAAAACACAAGAGACCUUCAAAGUGACCGCAGCAGGCGACAGCCACUACUUUUCAUUUCUACUAUUCGUUUCGAUCCAUCUCUUGUAACAUCAUAUAAUCCCCGCGAGCCCACGACCACCGCCAAGGGUCGGUUCUCUUCUCAGCGGCGCAAGCGGUUCGCGAAUCGGCUAAGACACGCCUGGGAGCCUGGCCCUAAGUUACUUACUCGUGCUUACUCCACAUCGAAACGAAAGUCUUGAUCUUGACCUAAAAUUCCCCAAGUUACCGUCUAAAGCCGAGUGCCUGACGACUGCUGGCCACCUCAUCUCACCAACACCCGCGACAACCUCACAAACUCUACCAAUUCGAUAACAGCUCGCUCUCUCCUACGUCUGCGAAAUACCUAGAACACCUCGUCGACCUGCGAAUCUUACCGUUCCUGAUAAAAUGUCUUGGUACCCUGGACAGGGCGGCUACGGCGUAAGUCCUCCCACUUCAAGAGAGACUCUCUCUACUGGUCGACCACAAAUCCUUGGGUUUUGGUAGCAUAUAAUGUACAGAGGCAAGAUUCUGACGUCUUGCAGGCUCAGCAACAUGGUGGCUAUGCUGGCUAUCCUCCCUCACAAUCUCCGCAACCAUAUCCUCCCCAAGGCUAUAAUCAGGGCUAUAAUCAAAACGCAUAUCCUCCUUCAAAUUCGCCUCAACCAUACCCGCCUCAAGGCUACAGUGCCCCCCAGUACAGCCAGCCGCCACCAAAUGUAGCACCAUACGGGUACAACAAUCCACCCCCUCCGUCUCAAGGCGGUUACGGAGGUUAUCAAAGCCCACCUCCGCAGCCAAAUGGCUACCCUGGGCCUCGUCCCGGCAUGCCAGCCUACAACAACUAUUCUCAGGGCACGAACGGUCCGAGGCCGCCGCCCACCACUCCGCAGCAGUUCGGAAACGGAGCCCCUUCUGGAUACGCGUUCCAGUAUUCCAACUGUACAGGAAAACGCAAAGCACUGCUGAUAGGAAUAAACUACUUUGGUCAACGAGGACAAUUGAGGGGUUGCAUAAACGAUGUUAAGAACAUGUCCACCUACUUGAACCAGAACUUCGGCUAUGCCAGAGAAGAUAUGGUGAUCCUUACGGACGACCAACAGAACCCCAUGUCCCAGCCUACAAAAGCCAACAUACUCCGAGCCAUGCACUGGCUAGUUAAGGAUGCUCGUCCGAACGACUCUUUAUUCUUUCAUUACAGUGGUCACGGCGGGCAGACACCCGAUCUAGAUGGAGAUGAAGAAGAUGGCUACGACGAAGUGAUCUACCCCGUCGACUUCAGAACUGCUGGUCACAUCGUCGACGACGAGAUGCACCGGAUUAUGGUCAAGUCGCUACCUCCUGGAGUCAGAUUGACAGCAAUCUUCGAUUCUUGUCACUCGGGCUCAGCGCUCGACCUGCCUUAUAUCUACUCCACUCAAGGAGUGCUCAAAGAACCCAAUUUGGCCAAGGAAGCGGGCCAAGGUCUCUUGUCCAUCGUCUCAUCCUAUGCUCGUGGAGACUUGGGUGGAAUGGCUUCUACAGCGAUGGGUCUCUUCAAGAAGGCUACCACCGGGAACUCGGCUUAUGAACGCAACAAGCAAACCAAGACUAGCCCAGCGGACGUCGUCAUGUGGUCAGGCAGCAAAGAUUCUCAGACGAGUCAAGAUGCCAACAUCAGCGGAGAAGCCACGGGAGCGAUGAGUUGGGCAUUUGUGACAGCAUUGAAGAAGAACCCUCACCAAAGCUAUGUUCAACUACUGAACAGCAUCCGAGACGAGCUGGCAACCAAAUACACCCAGAAGCCUCAAUUGAGUUGUUCACACCCUUUGAACACCGAUCUAUUAUACGUGAUGUAAGAGUGCGUUAGGGGGAAUGAUGAUGAUGAUACCCGGGUUCCUGGAUUCUCCUUGAUGCGGUUCACAGACAUAGUAGCCUUUGCACGGCCGGAGUUUCGAAGCAUAUCCUAUGAACAGCCAGAGUAUUUACGAAAUUCAAAAGUCAUUCGUGUCGAGGAAGGACAAUGUAGCAGGUAAUGAUUCCAAACAAUUUCUAAGGCAUCGCUUGUUGUGCCGUCCAACCGUCCAGCUGUAGGUCUGCACUGCAGAUCCUCUGCAGAAGAGAAACUGCUGAGACGGCGAGCCGGGCAGAUGCCAUGCAUUUCUGAGCGACGAUCUCGGUCAAGUCUCGCGUGACAGCCUCGAGCCUGAGGGAGCAAUGAUGUCGUUGGAGUCGUUGAUUGAGAACUGGCACGUGCGUGCGGGCGUUUUC